AGCUUUAUUUCUUAUGGUAUUUUUUUUGUCUUUCUAUAGGGUUGAAAGACACACAGAAGUCUUCAUGGAUAUAGUUGAUACAUUUAAUCAUUUAAUUCCUACUGAACACUUAGAUGAUGCCCUAUUUCUAGGAUCCAACCUGGAGAAUGAAGUCUGUGAGGAUUUUAGUACAAGUCAAAAUGUCUUAGAGGACUCGCUGAAGAACAUGCUCAGCGAUAAGGAUCCUAUGCUAGGAUCUGCAAGUAACCAGUUCUGUUUGCCUGUUUUGGAUAGCAAUGAUCCCAAUUUCCAGAUGCCUUGUUCAACAGUUGUUGGUCUUGACGAUAUUAUGGACGAAGGAGUUGUUAAAGAAAGUGGCAAUGAUACCAUUGAUGAAGAAGAACUGAUUUUACCUAACAGGAAUUUGAGGGACAAAGUAGAAGAAAAUUCAGUGAGAUCACCAAGAAAAUCACCUCGUUUAAUGGCACAAGAACAAGUAAGAAGUUUGCGACAAAGCACUAUUGCCAAGCGUUCAAAUGCAGCACCUUUAAAUAGCACAAAAAAAGCACCUGUGAAGACUGUAUCUGCCCCUAAAGCAGGGGGGAAACAACCAGAAAGGUGUCAGAUAAAAGAAGAAGCUUGUACAUCACCGAAACCUGAGUAUCAUAAAGAGAGCAGAAGGGGCAGUCGGCAUCUUGAACAAACUGAAGUAUCGGAAGUAUCAGUGUCUUCAAGUCACUCUUCAGUGUCAUCUUGUCUUGAAAUGAAGGAUGAAGUUGGAUUAGAUUCUAAGCAGAAGUGUAAUAAUCAGGAAAAAGCAAAUGUGCCAUCUCAUGAAUUAAAUUGUCCACUCCUUUCAGAGACUUGUGAUAGUAUUGAAGAAAAGAAAAAUGAAACUCUGGUGGAAUGUAAAAUCAAGACUGUUAGUAGCCCAUUGUUUACAUUUUCAGAUAAAGAAGAACAUGAACAGAAUGAUUCUAUUUCAGAUAAAGUGGGUGAGACUAUUGUUGAAGAAAUGAGUGCAAAGGUUGAACAAGAAUCAAAGGAAACGGUCAAAUUAUCCCUUGAAGGUGACCAAAUUGUUGAGGAACCAGAAUCUGCUGCUGCUCUCUGUGGUGAUGCUUCUUGUACAAAUCCAAAUAAGACCGAAAAGAACCUUGUAGGUUUGUCUAGCACUGUGGAUGAAGUAAAUGAAUGCCAUUUGGAAUUGAAGAAUUCGAUGGAAUUUGAUCAAGCUAAGAACUCUCUUCAUAGAAAUGAACUAGAACCAUUGGGUUAUUGUAAAGACAUAGAGUCUAAUCAUAAACAGUUGGAGAGCACUGAAUUUAACAAAUCAAACUUUAAUGAGGUGGUUGAUACUAGUGCUUUUGAACCAGAGUGUAAUAUUGUAGAAAAUGCUAUUUGUGAUGUGCCUGACCAAAAUUUAAAACAGUUGAAUAUUGUUGAAAGUAUUAAAAUGGAGUCUCAUGAAACAGCAACCCUUCAGGAUGACAGAAACAGCCCAUCAAAUAGUGUUUCUUGCUUAGAGUCAAAAAACAUAAAAUCCAAACACACAAAACCUGUAAUUCACUCUAAGCAAAGCAUGAGCUCAGAUACUUUGAAAAAAAUUGUUGCAGCAAAGCAUGAAUUAACGCAUAACAAAACUAAAGCUAGUGUCAAAAGUGUGAAACGGAAUGCCAGUGAACUAGAAUCUCAGCAAAAUUUUCAUAGGCCAGUCAAAGUGAGAAAAAAACAAGUUGAUAAGGAUUCAAAGAUUCAGAGUUGCAAUUCUGGGGCUAAGUCUGUGAAAAAUCAAGCUCAUUCUAAUUCGAAAAAAACACAAGAUCAAAAUUUAGUACAGAUUUCGAAACCUGUAACACAUUGGUUGAGUGAUAAGCCUCAUGGUCAGCCUGGUUGCUCUAAAGAACCUCAUCAUCCUGCACAAACUGGACAUCUAUUACCUUCCUGCCAGAAACAGUGCCACAAGCCCCAACAGCUGGCUCUAGCAGUAAAAACCAAUAGUCAUGUGAAGGAAGAGCUUGAACAUGCAAGUGGUGCAGAGCAUUUUAAGGAGGAGGAUAAACUGAAACAAAAAAAACCUGAGAAGAACCUACAACCCCGCCAAAGAAGAAGCAGCAAAAGUUUUUCUUUGGAUGAGCCACCAUUGUUCAUUCCAGAUAACAUAGCUACCAUAAAAAAAGAAGGCUCAGAUCAUAGCUCUUCAUUUGAAAGCAAAUAUAUGUGGACUCCCAGCAAGCAGUGUGGGUUUUGCAAAAAACCCCAUGGCAACAGGUUUAUGGUUGGCUGUGGAAGAUGUGAUGACUGGUUUCACGGUGAUUGUGUCGGGUUAAGUCUUUCUCAAGCACAGCAAAUGGGAGAGGAAGACAAAGAAUAUGUGUGUGUGAAAUGUUGUGCUGAAGAAGAUAAAAAGACUGAAGUAACAGAUCCAGAUAUUUUGGAAAACCAAGCUAAAGUUGAAGUCCAUACUGAAGAUAAAACAAUGGACUAUGAAAAGCUUGGAUUAUCAAAGCACACAUCAACAAAUGACAAAACCAAAUGUACAGAUGAUACAGUGAAGCACAAGGUCAAAAUUUUAAAACGGGAAUCUGGUGAAGGUAAAAACUCAUCAGACUGUAGAGAUAGUGAAAUGAAAAAAUGGCAGCUAGCUCCUCUUCGAAAGAUGGGACAACCAGUUUUACCUCGGAGAUCCUCAGACGAAAAAAGUGAAAAAAUACCUAAAGAUUCCACAACUGUUAUUUGCACAGGGGAAAAAGCUUCAAAACCAGGUGCUCAUGAGAAGCAAGAGGUAAAAAAGAAGAAGAUUGAAAAAGGAGCGCCUAAUGUGCAUCCUCCUGCUGCCCCUGCUGCCAAGCCCUCUACAGAUCAGAUCCGACAGAGUGUCAGACACUCUCUCAAAGACAUUCUGAUGAAAAGACUUACAGAUUCAAAUUUGAAGGUACCAGAGGAAAAGGCAGCAAAAGUUGCCACAAAAAUUGAAAAAGAGCUUUUCUCUUUUUUUCGGGACACAGAUGCUAAAUAUAAGAACAAAUAUAGAAGUUUGAUGUUCAACCUGAAAGAUCCUAAAAACAAUACCAUAGAGAUGAUUGAGAAAGAGCAGAGAGAAGUGGAAAGACGACCAAUCACAAAAAUAACUCAUAAGGGUGAAAUAGAAAUUGAGAGUGAUGCUCCAAUGAAAGAACAGGAAGCAGCCAUGGAGAUUCAGGAACCUGCAGGUAACAAGUCUUUGGAAAAGAUCGAAGGAUCUGAAAAACAAAAGGAGGAGAUUGACUCUAUGUCUAAAGAUACCACAAGUCAACACAGACAACAUCUUUUUGAUCUUAACUGCAAAAUUUGCAUUGGUCGAAUGGCACCACCUGUAGAUGAUCUUUCUCCAAAAAAGGUGAAAGUUGUUGUUGGAGUAUCUCGUAAACAUUCAGACAAUGAAGCAGAAAGUAUAGCAGAUGCAUUGUCUUCAACCUCAAAUAUUUUGACCUCUGAAUUCUUUGAGGAAGAGAAACAAGAGUCUCCAAAGUCAACAUUCUCUCCUGCUCCACGUCCAGAGAUGCCUGGAACUGUUGAAGUUGAGUCUACAUUCUUGGCUCGAUUGAACUUCAUCUGGAAAGGUUUUAUCAACAUGCCUUCUGUUGCAAAAUUUGUUACCAAAGCCUACCCAGUGUCUGGUUCCCCUGAGUACUUGACAGAGGAUCUACCAGAUAGUAUUCAAGUAGGUGGCAGGAUAUCACCUCAGACAGUUUGGGAUUAUGUGGAAAAACUUAAAGCAUCAGGAACCAAGGAAAUUUGUGUGGUUCGCUUCACACCUGUAACUGAAGAAGAUCAAAUUUCUUAUACUUUGCUGUUUGCAUACUUCAGUAGCAGAAAACGCUAUGGAGUAGCUGCUAACAACAUGAAGCAGGUUAAAGACAUGUACCUUAUUCCUUUGGGUGCCACAGAUAAAAUUCCACACCCUCUCGUGCCUUUUGAUGGACCUGGGCUUGAACUGCAUAGACCUAAUCUGUUGUUGGGCUUAAUUAUUCGCCAAAAACUGAAGCGGCAACACAGUGCUAGUGCCAGCCAUACUGCUGAGAACUCUGAAAGUGUACCGGUAGCAUUGCCACCUGAAAAAAAAAGUAAAAUGGAAGUUUCCACAGAGGAGGCACCAGAGGAAGAAAAUGACUUUUUCAAUUCUUUCACAACUGUAUUACACAAGCAGAGAACUAAGCCUCAGCAAGCUGUUCAAGAAGACCUUCCAGCUGUAGUGGAACCUUUAGUGGAAGUCACCAAACAGGAGCCACCAAAACCUUUAAGAUUCCUUCCUGGAGUAUUGAUUGGCUGGGAAAAUCAGCCUUCCACUCUGGAAUUAGCAAAUAAGCCUCUUCCUGUGGACGACAUACUUCAGAGCCUUUUGGGCACUACUGGUGAAGUAUAUGAACAGGCUCAGUCAGUGACAGAACAAAACACUAUCAACGAAAUUCCAUUUAUCAGUGAGCAAGCUGACCCCAAAGCAGAGAACGUAGAUAAAGUAGAAGCAAUGGAUGGUGAAGCUAAGGAGGUCAAGGGUAAAGUAGAUAAUCUUUCAGAAUCUUUAGGUAAUUCAGUACAAGUAGACGAAGAAACCCCAGUAACGGGGCCCUCCUCCAUUUCUCCUGGACCUUCGGCGAGUCUUAGUCUCAGAGGCAAACCACCAGAUGUUUCUACAGAAGCUUUCCUAACAAAUUUAUCCAUUCAGUCAAAACAAGAGGAAGCUGUGGAGAGUAAAGAGAGACCAUUAAAAAGACAGCUGCUGCAAGAUCAAGAGAAUAAUUUGCAAGAUAAUCAGACUUCAGAUACUAGUUCUCCAUGCAGGUCGAAUAUAGGAAAAGGAAACACAGAGGGUAGUGUGAGUGGCAGUGAAAACCUUGUUGCCAACACAGCCAAGUCCCCACAGUUUAUCAAUCUAAAAAGGGAUCCUAGGCAGGCAGCAGGACGAAGUCAGCAGGUAACUUCUUCAGAAAGCAAAGAAGGAGAUAGUUGUGGGAAUGGAGAAAAGCACACCCCGCCCGGGCCGUCACACAAGGAGCACUUACCAGAACACACCAAUGUAGAGGAAAAGUUGUCUUCCGUAGAGAAAAACUCAAGUGCUCAGCAGAGUGAUAAUUCAGGGGUUGCACAAAACUUGGCAUCAGAAGACAAACACACUUUGCAAACAGAACAAGCAAAACCCUCAGAGGAGAAUAUUUCAAUGCAAAAUAUUGAAACUGUGCACCCGUUUCGAAGAGGAUCGGCAGCAACAUCUCAUUUUGAAGUUGAAAACACAAGUCAAUCAGAAUUUCCUUCUAAAAGCAUCAACUUUACCUCCAGAAGCAGCAGUCCCAGAGCAAGUGCAAACUUUUCACCCAUGAGGCCACAGCAACCGAACCUUCAGCAUCUCAAGUCUAGUCCCCCUGGAUUUCCAUUUCCGGGGCCUCCUAAUUUUCCCCCACAAGGCAUGUUUGGAUUUCCACCACAUUUGCCACCCCCAUUACUCCCCCCUCCCGGCUUUGGCUUUGCUCAAAAUCCCAUAGUUCCCUGGCCACCUGUUCACCUGACAGGCCAACCUCAGCGUAUGAUGGGUCCCCUUUCACAAACAUCAAGAUAUGUAGGCCCACAAAAUUUUUACCAGGCUAAAGAUAUUCGAAGACCAGAAAGGCGCCAUAGUGACCCUUGGGGUAAUAGGCAAGACCAACAGCAACUGGAUAGGUCAUUUAACAGGGGCAAAGGGGAUCGCCAGAGAUUUUAUAGUGAUUCACACCACUUGAAGAGGGAGCGACAUGAAAAGGAAUGGGAGCAAGAAUCUGAAAGGCAUAGACGCAGGGACAGAUCCCAAGACAAGGACAGAGACAGGAAAAGCAGGGAGGAAGGGCACAAAGAGAAAGAGAGGCCACGGUUGUCACACAGUGAUCGCGGAGCAGAUGGAAAAGCAAGCAGAGAUGGUAAGAAACCAGACAAACCUAAAAGUGAAGACCAUGAAAAGGACAAAGAACGAGAGAAAAGUAAACAUAGAGAAGGAGAAAAGGACAGAGAUAGGUACCACAAAGAUAGGGACCACACUGACAGAGCUAAAAGCAAAAGGUAAAAUCUGCCAGCUGCUUCAAGAUUACUCUUAAGUCAUUGUUAAAUGUUGCAUCUUAAAAAACUUUGAUUGCCUGCUAGGAUUGUGCCAUCUUUCAGACUUACUAUUGGUGGUUUGCAGAACAAUAAAUUCCAUGUGUUGGUGCGGAGUGCUCUGUACCAGUGCUCAUCGUCCCUUCUUCAUACCAACUGUCCUAGUUAUAGGAAUAUUUUUAAAAGUUUUACAUUGCUGUAUAUUCAAAGAUUUGUUUAAUAUGCAAUAAAGGCUUAGAAAUUUUAGUUUUAUUCCUUAAUUGGUAAAUAUAGUUAACUCUGGAAUAUAUUUACUGCCUCUAGUGAAUGUUCUUUAUGACUAAUUUGAGAGUAAUGUGUACUCUGUAAGUUUGUUUUAAAUUGCACUGUUUUUAAAGAAACUAGAGAAGCAACACAAAGACAAGCAACUUCAUAAUCAGAUUAUAUUAAUCAGUUUAUUGGGCAGUUUCUGAUCAAGAAUCAGAAGCCCAAGGAGAACAUUUACUGCUUUAAUCUGCACUCCCUGAAGGCAUUUAUUACCUUGUAUAUGACAGCUUUGUGGUAGACCAGUAGUUUCCUUUUCCUUUUUGCCUCUUCAGGAACUUGAAUACUUAAGCUUGUACAUGAUCUUGUGUUUUGCUAUCCUUUUUACUGUAAAAUGUAAAUAUUUUAAGGGAUAUUUUGAUUCUAAAUAUGAUAAAAAGAAUUUCUCACCUAUUUUGUGUGUGUGAUUUGAAAUUCAGUAAAAGAAUUUCUUCUCUAAAACUUUGAUUACUUUCAUACUUUUUUUUUUUACUCAGCCAAGAACAUACAUACAAGCAUAGCCAUCUGUGUCAGGCAUUGGGUGAAGGGAAAAACCUCACCUAUUAGAGGUUUCUGAUAAAAAUCAUGUUCUGAAGGGGUAGAAUUUUGAACUACCAAUGAAAAACUGCAGCAAAUAGCCCACUUCAUAGGUAUGUUUCUGAAGACUUGUCACUCUCAAAAUUUGGUACGCUGACUAAUCAUGGUGAGACUACAGAAAUUUACGAGAAACGUGUUGUGAAUCUCUUUGUAAAAUGUGUAAUUAACCCUAAUUUGUUUUGGAGGUAACUGCAGUUUUGCUUGAAAUAGAAAGCAUAUGGAGGCUAUUGUUAAUUCAAAUAUAAAGUUAUUUACAAUUUAAACUACACAUGUAUUGACAUAAUUUAAAGCAGUGGCUACCACGUGAUUAAUACUUGAGGCCAACAAAAAAAAGAGAAACCGGUAUUUUUACUUACCUAUAUUAAUGAAGAAAAAUAUAAAUGGCUUCACAAAAUUAAGAAGGUAAUGUUUGAUUUCCUAAAAUGUCCAAGGAUUAGAGUUAAAAAUAGGUUUGAAAUGGAAUCAACUUUGUUAUUCUCUCUAGCGAAAGAAGGAGUGGAAAUUCAAAACCAUACAUUUUGUCUAAUUUCAACAAUUUGCAUAUUUUUUGUCAUCCUUAUUCUCUGAAGUUUUUCAUCAUAAAAGUUCUGAAACAGAGGACUUGUAUUUAAAUAAAAUUUGUUUAAUUUU